CGAAGUGACAGAGACCACAUCUAGGACUAGAGCAGAGGAGGACGCAGCGUUGCUUUCUCCGGGAUAGAUAUCGAAGAGAAAUUAAGCUACGAGGCGUUUUGCUUUCGCGACACGUCUGCGAUCGAUAUUCGACUUGAUAUCAAGAUCGAUUCGUGUGAAAAUCGACGGCGAGAGAAGCCAGGUUAUAUAACAAGAAGACAACGUCAGUGGCUCGCGCACUCACUGGCUAUAGUGAGUCAUUGAUAAAUGCACGCAGUUGCAUGAAUGGGGUGGAAGUAGAGCGAGUCUGCGCUUGACUCUCAAAGCAAAACCCGAGGAUUUUAACCAUCUCGACGGUGCAGAAGAGACUUUGAGUUGAGAAUCUCAAUGCUCCAGGACUGAGACGUCCACGGCCUCUUGCAGCAGCGCGUCUUCUCCGCAGUUUAAGGUCUCACCGUAUUUCACUAAUGCUUGAUAAAUUCAAACCCGUGCAGUUCGAUUCGGUCAUGGCCAUAAGCAAGACGGUAGAGUGGCUGAAGGAGCAGCUGGAGACGCGCAGCGACUGUUUGCUCGUUAUGGACUGCCGAACGCAAGAGCUCUACGAAUCGUCGCACGUCGAAACGGCCAUUAAUGUGGCCAUCCCGAGCCUCAUGCUCCGGCGACUCAAGAAGGGCAACCUGCCCAUCAAGUCUCUGCUUUCCAACGGGGAAGACAGGGAGAGGUUCGCGCGGAGGUGCAAGACGGACACUAUCGUGUUGUACGACGAGUACAGCCGAGAGUGGAAUGAGAACAUCGACGGCGGCUCCGUGUUGGGUUUACUGCUGAGGAGAAUGAAGGACGAGGGCUACAAGGCUUUCUAUCUUGAGGGUGGCUUCAGCAAGUUUCAAGCUGAAUUUCCCACUAUGUGUGAGACGAACCUCGAUGGUUCCUCCAGCAGCAGUUCACCGACCUCCCAGGUGCUGGGUCUGGGAGGGCUCCGGAUCAGCUCUGACUCCUCGGACAUCGAGUCAGACAUCGACCGAGACCCAAGCAGCGCAACCGACUCAGACGGCAGCCCUCUUUCCAACCCCCAGCCCUCGUUCCCCGUGGAGAUCCUGCCGCAUCUGUAUCUGGGCUGCGCGAAGGACUCCACGAACCUGGAUAUCCUGGAAGAGUUUGGCAUCAAGUACAUCUUGAACGUGACCCCUAAUCUUCCUAACAUGUUCGAGAAUGCCGGGGAGUUUAAGUACAAGCAGAUUCCCAUCUCCGAUCACUGGAGCCAGAAUCUCUCUCAGUUUUUCCCAGAAGCCAUCAGCUUUAUUGAUGAGGCCCGCGGACAGAAGUGUGGCGUUCUCGUUCACUGCCUGGCCGGUAUCAGCCGUUCCGUCACAGUAACGGUGGCGUACCUCAUGCAGAAGCUCAACCUGUCCAUGAACGAUGCGUACGACAUAGUCAAGAUGAAGAAGUCCAACAUCUCGCCCAAUUUUAACUUCAUGGGCCAACUUUUGGACUUUGAGCGCACGUUGGGACUCAAGAGCCCGUGCGACAACCGAGUAGCGGCUCCGACCCAGCCGUUGUACUUCACCACGCCGACCAAUCACAACGUUUUCCAGUUGGACCCUCUCGAGUCCACGUGAGGCCCUGCCCUGACUCGAAGUGAACGUGCAUUUCUUUGUUUCCCACCUGUCGAGAGGUUCCUGACGUUUUUGAUGCUGGCUUGAGACGACGGCCGACCAGAGUAGCCACUGAUGGGGCAUGCGGUUGCCCAGAGCUUCUACGCUGCUGUUUAACAGAGAGAGAUCAUGUGACUCUAUAUCUCCGAGACUCUUUAAAGUAGUUCGUUUUAUAUAUAUAUAUAUAUAUAUAUAUAUAUACAUAUAUAUACAUAUUCAAGCAUGGAAAGACUGUCGAAAUGGAAAGAACAUCCGAUAUAUUGGGGCUGGUGUGCCAAAGAGACUUGACUGGAACUGAA